UUUGAGCUGGAGGAAGAGCCGGCGCGCGAGACUGGGCCGACGGGUGAAGGAGGCUCGCACGUCAGAUGCCGCCAUGCCCGGGGACAACCGCCGCAUUCGCGGGCCCGAGGAGUCGCAGCCGCCGCAGUUGUACGCGACCGACGAGGACGAGGUGCCGGCCGCUCGCGACCCGACGCGGCUCCGGCCUGUGUACGCGCGCGCCGGGCUGUUGAGCCAGGCCAAGGGCUCGGCCUACUUGGAGGCGGGAGGCACCAAGGUGCUGUGCGCGGUGUCCGGCCCACGCCAGGUAGAGGGCGGUGAGCGCGGUGGCGGCCCGGCCGGAGCGGGCGGCGAGACCCCGGCCGCGCUGCGGGGCCGCCUGCUCUGCGACUUUCGCCGCGCGCCCUUCUCGGGCCGCCGGCGCCGCGCUCCCCCGGGUGGCAGCGAGGAGCGUGAGCUGGCGCUGGCGCUGCAGGAGGCGCUCGAGCCGGCAGUGCGCCUGGGCCGCUACCCGCGCGCGCAGAUCGAGGUGUCGGCGCUGCUGCUCGAGGACGGCGGCUCGGCGCUGGCCGCCGCUCUCACGGCUGCCGCGAUCGCCCUGGCCGACGCGGGCAUCGAGAUGUACGACUUGGUGGUGGGCUGCGGCUUAAGCCGCGCUCCGGGGCCCGAGCCCACCUGGCUGCUGGACCCCACGCUGCUAGAGGAGGAACGCGCCGCCGCCGGCCUCACCGUGGCGCUUAUGCCGGUGCUCAACCAGGUGGCCGGGCUGCUGGGCAGCGGGGAGGGAGGCCCGACCGAGAGCUGGGCGGAGGCCGUGCGCCUGGGUCUCGAGGGCUGCCAGCGCCUCUACCCCGUUUUGCAGCAGUGCUUAGUACGGGCCGCCCGCCGGAGGGGCGCCGCCACGCCGCCCUGAAGCAGAACCCUGAGCAACGACGGACGCCGAGGACCAAGCUGCCGCUGUCCCCGAAAGGACCCGCGCCGUCGGCUUGCAGGCUGCGUGCGCCAAGCUGAGAACUCGGAGCACGGGAGAGGAUCUGGGGAGGCGUGCUCAGAACUGAUGCACUGGACAGCUGUGUUGGGAUGAUUUUUUUUUUACAAACUGUUCCGUUAAAGGAACUUUUCUAAUUGAGUUGACUCCCAGCCACGACUCAGUUGAAGAAACCUGCGAAAGCAGCCUGACCCCCAAGUUGGCAAGGACUUAAGCUGGACUUACCUGGAAAGUGGAACCUGGAGCUAGUGUCUCGUAAGGGAUGGACCCUAUGCCGGCCAGCCAGUGACCCCCUCCUAUAUCAUUGGGCUGCUUUUGAGAGAAUGGACAAGGGGACUGUGCUUUCCCACUUAAUAUCUGAGCUAAAACAAAAACUCUUUUAUAUCUGAAAA